AUGCGGGCAAGCAAGCGACUCGAAACCUCGACGGGGCAAUAUGCAGCACCGCCCGUCUACAUCCGGCCCGGCAGCUUCCAACCUGUGCGGCCAGAUGACCAGACUGACCGCACCUUGGCCGACCUCCUUGGCGAGCCGACGCCAGCCGAACACCUUAGGGUGGCAGUCGACGGCGACGACUACUCGCACCGGGCCAUCAUGACGGACCAGCUCGACCCCGUCCUUAGCAUGAGCGAGCAGGACCGCCGCAGACGCUGGCUCGAGCUGGAACCCGAGAUCAGGAAGAGCCUCCGCCAGCUACACGUGCAGUUCGGGUGCCAAAGCCGUGGCAAUCCGGGGGGUCGACUACAUGUCGUGCGAUGCCUGCGGAGAAACAAUGAGGAGGAAAAGUACGAGUUCAACUCCCACAUCCAGGCCGACGUUCUCUACAACAAGGACGCGAGAGGGCAGCUCUAUACCUUCCUCAGUGUGGUUUGUGACGCCACGGGCUUCCAAGUGGUCUCUUGCAUGGGCCAGUCCCAGGGACCACCUGCCACCAAGGCCGUCUUGAGGCACUUCCUCACUUCAUGGUCUUCCUGGGCCGGCCUCCCGAGCAGCCUCCAGGUGGACCGCGGCCAGGAAUUCAUGGCACACUUCGCCGACUACUUGAAGACCUUUGGUGUUGAGCAAGAAGCCAUGCCUUUGGAGGCGCCUUGGAAAGGAGGCAAGGUGGAGCGUGCCGGUGGACUUUGGAAAGAAGUUUUCCAGAAGACGGAUAUGAUCGUUGCUGCCUCCAUUGUGACCCAGACAAGGAACUCUUUUCCCCGGGCCUCCGGAUACUCACCCAACCAGUGGGUCCUUGGGAAGCCCGAGAUACGCCUGCCAGGCAGCCUUCUCACCGAGCCCGACGAGGCUGAGAGACUUGAGGUUCUGGAGGUUGCCGAGGACCCGACCUCCAUGAUGGCAAAGAACCUGGGCAUCCGCGAGGACCCAGAACCUCCUACACAUGGCGGCCAACCUCACUCCUACUGGCUUCGAUAUGGAGCAAGUGUCAUCCUGGUGACCGGCGAGCAGCUGCGCUUUGCGAGUGAAGACGAGCUCUUGGCUGCCCACUCUGUUCCCCAGGAGCUCCUCGCGCCACCUUAUGCCAGAGGUGCUCGGGACUACCUUGAUAUCCCGGCUCAACCUGUGGUAAUACCCGGCCCUGACGUGACGGAAGAGCCGGAAGCGACAAGAAGGAGGAUAACAUCAGCUCCUCCGGUGCCGCCUUCCUCCCUGCUGGUGCCUGGAACUGAAAUACCUGUUCUACCCGAGCUGCUUCCUCCCGUACCUGAAGAAGACGACGGACGGGCGAAGGGGGCACGGCAGGUCAGCAGCAGGACCAGCAACAAGGAGGCGAAGUUCACCCAGAACCAGCGCAGGACCGGCUUCUUCGUCUACAGCUACGGUGCCGACUCCUUUUCACAACCCGGACUUUGCGUGGAGCGAGCCCCCGCUCACCCAGACAGUGCGGGAGCUCCGUUUGAAGAGGAUGGUGAACGGGACCGAGUGACCGAGGAGUACGAGAUCGACACCGAGGAGGAGUACCAGCACUCCAUGGAGAAGGAAUGGAGGUUCUGGGAGAAGUUCAACGCAGUGGAAGUCUUGACCCAGGAGCAGAUCCUCAACUUGCCCAAGGACGUGCGGGUGAUCGGCACCAGGUGGGUUCACACUGACAAGAACCAGAAGCAACGCCUCCUCGCUUUGCACCUUCGCUCCAAGACUGGCAAGACCAAGGAGCAGAUCCUCAAGAAGUACCCCCUCUCGGCCAAGAGCCGGCUGGUGGUACAAGGGCACCAAGAAGAUCCAAAGGACAUCCGCUCCGACAGCCCGACAGCUUCCCUGCUGGCCUUUAACUUGGUGUGCGCUGUGGCCGUGAUCCAAGGAUGGGAGGUACUCGCCAGUGACGCCUCGACGGCUUACCUGCAGUCGCAAGGGAUCAGCGGGCUACUGGUGCUGCGACCGCCACGACCUCCACCUCCGGGCCUCGGACCCAACGAUCUCCUCAGAGCAAAGGGGUCUAUCUAUGGGACCCGGGACGCCGGGAGAGCUUGGUGGAAGAAGCUCUACAAAACGCUUCGCAAGCAUGGGUGGCGCAUGAGCGCUAUCGAGGCAGCCCUUUUCCUUCUUUGUGAUGGUGACAAGCUCCUCGGGAUCCUUAUCUCCCACGUCGACGACCUCUUCAGUGCCGGAGAGAGCAAGGCAUACGAGGCAACCCUAAAGGAGAUGGAGACCGAGCUUCACCUUACCAUAAAGAGGGGAAGCUUUCGCUUCUGCGGGAAGAACAUCCUGCAAAAGGGCGGCGAGAUCUUCAUCGAUCAGAUGGACGCCAUCGAGGGGAUCGACUACAUGCUCCUGCCCAACGACCGCCGCAAGGCCGUGAACAGCCUCCUGACCGAGAGCGAGAAGAGUGCCUUCCGAGGGCUCAUCGGCCAGAUGGGCUGGGUGGUCAGGCAAAGCAGGCCCGACCUGAUGGUCAACGUGAGCCUCGCAGCCCAGUCAAUGGGGGCCCCGCGUGUGUCCGACGUGGUCCGACUCAACAAGGCGGUCAAGAUGCUGAAGGAUUCCUCCGGAGCAAAGUGGUGCUUCAGGAAGGGCGGCCUCUCCCUCAACGAGGCCAUUGCCUUCACCUUCGCCGACAGCAGCUUCGCGAACCUCGAAGGGGCUAAGAGCCAGUGCGGGUUUGUCACCGGGCUAACCAGCAAGGAGAUCUACGAGAACGGCCCGACCCGGAUCUAUAUCCUCGAGGCCUUCUCUGGGAGCAUCAAGAGGGUGUGCCGCAGCACACUUGCUGCUGAAGCAAAUGGCUUCUUGACGGGAGCCGAAGCGGCGGAGUAUCUGAGGAUGCUCUUGAUGGAGCUGGUCCACCCUUCGACCUCCAUCCGCGACCUCGACCAGCACUACCUCAAGGAGAAGGUCGCCUGCUUCACGGACGCCCGGAGCUUGGAGCAGACCCUGAACAAGGACGCCGGUCAGCCAGCAGACAAACGUGUGAGGAUCCUCGUGGCCCAGAUCCGCGAGAUGAUCGGGGAGAACACCUUCCAAGACGACGCCCCAGGCUACGCUACCUGGGUGGAGACCUCCCAAAUGCUGGCAGACGUUUUAACAAAGGAGGGCUGUGAUCGUGAUGCUCUCCUCUCUGCCCUCGCCGAAGGUGAAUGGCAGCUUGAAGCCAAGCCUGCCGCAAAGGAGAAGAAACUCCUGAUCCAGGCGGGGGCACACGUGAUCGCUGACGCCGUUGCUGCGGCUCGACUGGAGGGCCAUGAGGACAUGUUGAUGGACGGCAAGAUUUCACCGGUUCCAAGCGGCAGGGAGAGGAGGUUUCAGCGCGAGCAGGAGACUCCGUCGAGCGAAGCAGGAAAAGGGCAAGCCAAGGCCACGGGCAGCAAAAGUCAAAUCGUAGCGCGUCUGCAGCUGCUUGAUGCUCCUGGUGCUGGUGGCGAGCCAGGACAGCAGACCGAAGAGCAGGAAGAGGACGUUUUCCCGCCGGAAUCCAGGCCUGUGGCGGUGAGACCGCCAGCCGGAUCAGGACUGGCAGCAGCUUGCAAGCGCCGUCUGGUAAACACAGGCCUGAUGGAGCGACACGAGCAGCAAAGCGCCGCCGUCGAGGCUGCCGUCGAUCGACGGCCGUGCGCAAAGUCUCUAGCUUGCCAGUUGGACCCGAGCAAGGUGGCAGAUGAGACCAAGCGGGUGCUGCGCUUGAAAUACCAUAGGGUCAUCAGCCCUCCGACUGUGUACCUGAACUACAAGAGGGCAGCCGUGGACAUCGACUUGCAGGGCAAGGAGGUCCGACUCCACACAGAUCCUGUUCUCCAGGAGGGGCGGUUCGUGCGGCAACGAGCCCGAGAGCCACACUUGCCUCCAGCCCCGAGAGGAACUCAUGGCUUUCUUCCAGCCUCAGGCCUUGCCAGACCGCACUUUCGGUUCCAAGUUGUCGCUCAUUCUCUUGGAGGUGCGCACCCGCUUCCUCAUUCAAAAGGACCUGACGGUUUGGACCAUGCCUUUGGACCAGACCAGCCGCUUCUGGCACAAGGCGAGCCAUCCAAGGAAUCGAAGAUCCCGCGCUGGCCGGGCAGGCCAAAGGUAGCCGAGCACAUCCCAGUUGCCGGUCGCCAAGAAGAAGGGGAACCUCACCAGGGAGGCAGUCAUCAAUCAGUGCUGCCUUCACCAACUGCCAGGCCAUCAGCCGUCUCACAGGCAUCAUGGCCCCGGUUAAUGUUGGCUUCGGGACGUCUCGCCGAUUCCCCAAGCCGGCGAAUCGUACACCAGGGCCAGGAUCCUACCAGAUCCGGAGGCUUUUCGAUCCCAAGCCUGUGCCGAAGCAGAAGCAUGCUGCGGCAGUCGAGCUGCCAGCUUACUUCCAGGACCCUGGGAAGGUGGCAGUGA